AUGGGCCUCGAUAACCGAGACAGAGUCAUCAUCGCGCUUGACUUUGGAACUACAUACUCGGGUGUUGCAUACUGCUUUUGCAACCCCUCUAGCAAACCUGAAGUCAGACCGAUCAUUGACUGGGUUGGGCUCGAGGGCCGCACCCAGCCCAAAGUUCCCACUGCUAUCUUAUAUGACCCACGGGAUAGCAGGAACUUUAAAUGGGGAGGUCAACUCACUUGGCGUGACGAUCAUGUCCAAGGCGUCAAGCUUUUGCUGGACCCCAAACAAACCAGGCCAUCUUACCUUCCAUCGAGCAGUGCGAAUCGCGAGAAGAGGAGGCUUCCCAAGGACGUGGUUGAUGUUGUAGCAGACUUCAUGAAGGCCAUGUAUGAGCAUGCAUUGGAGAAGAUUGCAUCCAAGGUGCCUCGAGAUUACUUGGAUCUUUGUGAAAAGUCUUUCGUUCUCACCGUCCCAGCCGUGUGGUCUGAUAAAGCAAAGGAGAAGACCAUUCAGGUAUGUUCUGCCUCUCUUUCAUGCCUAUAUUGCAUUUUCUCUUGUCACUCUGUUAUUGUCUCUGACAUCCUCGAGGCCGCCAAAAAGGCAGGUGUUUAUCCUGUUACUCUUGUCAAAGAGCCUGAAGCUGCAGCUCUUUACACUUUUAUGACUCAAGAACGAGCACUAACCACGGGCGACUGUUUCGUCGUCUGUGAUGCCGGAGGCGGGACUGUUGAUCUCAUCUCAUAUGAGGUCGUCUCAACAGAGCCAAGUCUUGAGCUCGCAGAACUAGUCCCCGGAAAAGGUAACAUGUCCGGAUCGCUGGGCCUGAACAAGCGCUUCGCAGAGGCUGUUCGAGACCUGAUUGGAGACGAGGAAUGGCUUCGACUGAAGGACCUUAGUGCCUGGGCGCUAGCCGAACGCCAAUUUGAUCAAGAGAUAAAAACAUCGUUCACGGGAGAUUCGGAUGAUGAUUUUAUUAUCAAUUUCCCAGGUGCUCGGCUCGAAGACAAUGUCAAUGAGGGUCUGGAGAGAGACUCUUGGUUCAUGUCUGGAGAAGAGGUACAUGAUAUCUUUGAGCCCUUGAUCUCAGAUAUUGUUGGUCUGGUCAACGAUCAAGUUGAGGCUGCUACGGAAGAAAGACCUGAUAAUCCCAUUAUUUGCAUCUUUCUCGUGGGGGGGUUCGGUUCUAGUCAGUACCUCAAGAGCCGAAUUGAGGAUGAGAACCCCGAUAUUCAGGUUAUUCAACCCGAGGACGCAUGGGCAGCUAUCGUGAACCGGCUUUCUUACACAAACGUCGUAUCAACCAAGGCGACUUGUCAUUAUGGAGUACGUUCGUGGUCCAGCUACGAACCUGCAGUUGAUAAAGGUCGGCCAACAGCUAUCAACCCGGUAACCGGCCGGCUCAGAACAGAAAAAAUGACUUGGUAUAUCAUCAUGGGUGAGACUUUGAGACGUGACCGUAACGAACGAUAUACAUUUCAUCGGCACAUCUCCAAGUCUUACUCUGAGAAUGACCUCCAUUUCCGUGAUCAAAUGUGGAUGUCGAACACUCAGGUACAGCCUCAAUAUCCUACCAAGGACGUCAAGUCGAACUGCAUUUUGAAGAGUGAUUUGACUACAGUGGACAGAUCGCGGUUCAAGGAAGUCGUGGGUUUCGAUGGAAAGGAAUGGUUGAAGGUUCAGUACGAUCUUGUUAUCUCUACUAAGGAAGCUGCCAUGAAGUUUUGGUUGGAGUUUGAUGGCAAGGAAGCAGGCUCUGUUCUCGCGCAGUAUGCAUAG